AUUCCUUUACCAUGGAUGGGCAGUCUAGAGUCGGAGUGUUCAGAGAGCCAGCUGCUCCCGGGGAACAACUUCACCAACGAGUGCAACAUUCCAGGCAACUUCAUGUGCGGCAACGGGCGCUGCAUCCCGGGCGCUUGGCAGUGCGACGGGCUCCCCGACUGCUUUGACAAGAGUGACGAGAAGGAGUGUCCCAAAGCCAAAUCCAAAUGCGGCCCGACGUUCUUCCCCUGCGCCAGCGGCAUCCACUGCAUCAUCGGCCGCUUCCGAUGUAACGGGUUUGAGGACUGUCCCGACGGCAGCGAUGAAGAGAACUGCACAGCAAACCCUCUGCUGUGCUCCACCGCCCGCUACCACUGCAAGAACGGCCUCUGCAUUGACAAGAGCUUCAUCUGCGAUGGGCAGAAUAACUGUCAAGAUAACAGUGACGAGGAAAGCUGUGAAAGUUCGCAAGAACCAGGCAGCGGACAGGUGUUUGUGACUUCAGAGAACCAGCUUGUGUACUACCCCAGCAUAACCUAUGCCAUCAUCGGCAGCUCCGUCAUCUUCGUGCUGGUGGUGGCCCUACUGGCACUGGUCUUGCACCACCAGCGAAAGCGGAACAACCUCAUGACGCUGCCUGUGCACCGGCUUCAGCACCCUGUGCUGCUCUCCCGCCUGGUGGUCCUAGACCACCCCCACCACUGUAACGUCACCUACAACGUCAACAACGGCAUCCAGUACGUGGCCAGCCAGGCUGAGCAGAAUGCCUCAGAAGUAGGUUCUCCACCCUCCUACUCAGAGGCCUUGCUGGACCAAAGGCCUGCGUGGUAUGACCUUCCUCCGCCUCCCUACUCUUCUGACACGGAGUCUCUGAACCAAGCCGACCUGCCCCCUUACCGCUCCCGGUCGGGGAGUGCAGACAGUGCGAGCUCCCAGGCAGCCAGCAGCCUCCUGAGCGUGGAGGACACGGGCCGCAGCCCGGGACAGCCUGGCCCUCCUGAGGAGGGCACUGCCGAACCCAGGGACUCUGUGCCCAGCCAGGGCACCGAAGAAGUAUAAAUUCCAGUUAUUCCAAAGUCCAUGUGGGUUAAUCUGCUCUGACUUGUUACCAUUCUAACAACCUGUGUUCAUGGGAAGCUCUCUAAGCCCCUGUAAGGAGGCGUGUCUCAAGUUGCAGUUUGGGGGUGUUAGCUGUCUCUCCAUUUUCCUCCUCCCCAAGAUUUCAGGGGUGUGUUUCAGAGGGUGACUUGGCAUUUUUUUUGUCCUUUCUGUUGACAUGAUCCAUUGUGCAUCUUUUCUGGGAAGGCACUCUUCCUUCGAGACCCAGGAUCACAACCUCCUGUCUUACAUCCUUCUGUUUCUGUUGGGCAGGCAGCAGGCUGGAGUGGGAUUUACGUAGUUUUUCAGUGUUUCUGUGCUGUGUUGGGUAUUCAGAAGGGGAGAAGACCCUGGACCAGUCUUUUCUCUGCUCAGCUGCUGCCUUAUCACAUUUGGGGAUAUUUGGGCUGGAUGAUCCUACCAGGAGGCCAUCAUUGCCUUACAUGAUCCUGUAUGUGCCCGCGAAAACUUCUGACAUGAGAAGGACUUUGAAUCUGUCUACCCUGCAUUGGUUCUGACUCUAGGAUUUUGCCUGAGAAUCUUAUUUGAGAGAGUUCUCCAGCCGUGUAGCUCAUCAGCUUCAUUCCGGAUUGGGCAGGAAGGUGCUGCUCUUAGUUUAUCCAGGUCCUCAGCUCCUGAAGUGCAGGCUGCCAAGAGCUGUGGCUUCAUAAUCACAUCCUUGGUUUCUGGAUUGUCACCCUCCCAGCUGGCCUGCCUGUAGCCAAAGAAUA